AGUAUAGAUUAAUUGACUGUUAUAUUUGUUGAUAGUUUUGGGGGAUAGUGUUAUGGCAUCUGUAUUGAGUCAUUCGAUUUCGUGUUUAGUUAGUUAUAGAUUAUAGGGAGAAGGUUUAAUUGACUGUUAUAUUUGUUGACAGGCGUAGGGGAUAGUUUUAUGGCGUCUGUAUCGAGUCAACCGCAGUUUCGUUACACGCAACCUCCUUCCAAGGUUCUACAUCUGAGGAAUUUGCCGUGGGAGUGUACUGAGGAUGAAUUGAUUGAGCUUGGGAAGCCAUUUGGUAAAGUUGUCAACACGAAGUGUAAUGUUGGAGCUAAUCGGAACCAAGCUUUUAUUGAAUUUGCUGAGUUGAAUCAAGCUAUAGCAAUGAUAUCGUAUUAUGCUUCAUCGUCAGAACCGGCUCAGGUACGAGGGAAAACCGUCUACCUGCAGUACUCCAACAGGCAAGAGAUAGUGAACAACAAAACUACGGCGGAUGUUGCUGGAAAUGUACUGCUGGUAACAAUCGAGGGCAAUGAUGCACGGCUUGUCAGCAUUGAGGUUUUACAUGUGGUAUUUUCGGCUUUUGGGUUUGUCCACAAGAUUACUACAUUUGAGAAGACUGCUGGAUUUCAGGCACUAGUGCAAUUCACUGAUUCAGAAACUGCCUCCUCCGCUAAGGAUGCACUUGAUGGGAGAAGCAUUCCUAGCUAUCUGAUUCCAGAGCUCGCUCCAUGUUCUCUUCGGAUUACUUAUUCUGCACAUACUGAUUUGAGUGUGAAAUUUCAGAGCCAUCGCAGCAGGGACUACACUAAUCCUAACCUUCCUGUUAAUCCCUCCGCCAUAGAUGCAACUGGGCAGAUUAGUAAGGGUCUAGAUGGCAAAAAGCUAGAGCCUGAAAGCAAUGUUCUUCUUGCAUCUAUCGAGAAUAUGCCAUAUGAAGUCACUUUGGAAGUUCUCCACAUGGUUUUCUCUGCUUUUGGGACUGUCUUGAAAAUUGCCAUGUUCGAUAAGAAUGGAGGAGUUCAAGCAUUGAUACAGUACCCUGAUAUUCAAACAGCAGUGGUUGCUAAAGAAGCCUUGGAAGGACAUUGUAUAUAUGACGGAGGGUAUUGCAAGCUUCAUAUUUCAUAUUCACGUCACACUGAUUUGAGUAUAAAGGUCAACAAUGAUAGGAGCAGAGACUAUACAAUUCCAAUGUCUUCAGUGUUGAGCACCCAACCCUCGAUAUUAGGGCAACUACCACCUGCAAUGGUAAGUUCUGGUGUCCCCCAAUAUAAUGGGUCUCAUUAUGCCUCAGCUCAUCAAGGACAUCCAGUGCAUCCACCUUCGUCUGGGUGGAGUGCAGGCCCCCCUGCAGUACCUCAGCCCAUGCCGGGUCAGAUGCAUAAUCCCCAGUACAUGCCUCCUGCAAGCAUGCCCUCUGAAUAUGGUCAUCAAAUGAUGCAUAGCCCUAAUGGUUUUCAGAAUGCUGGGACAUACCCUCGUUACCCGCCUCAAUAGCAAGCAUAGACUUGCACUCCCUUAAGCACUUGCAGAGUGGCUAGUAGAGUGUCAAGAGUUUCAGGACAUUAUUGUCCUUCAGGCAAAGUUUGCCACACUCUUCUGUCUGUGUUUGACUAUUGGUCAUCCUCCCCCCACCCAGCUCUUUGAGAUUUUAUCAUCAGUUUGUUGGUGGAUUGUCUCCCAAGUAUACAACCAUAAAACGCUAUGUUUCUUUCCUGCUAUAUUAAAUGUUUUAUUUCAGUAUUGUCUAGUUUAUGUUUUGGGAUCAACGGCCAUCGUUUCCUUC